GAGAUGUGGUGCCAGCCCCUACGCCCCGGGGGUGGGCAGACCCCAGUGCUUUAUCGGGGCCUUUGUUCCAGUCCGAAUAGCGAUGUUUCUGGCCUUACCAGCCCUCUGCCGUGUCUGCAUCCCACCUUAUACCACCACACCGUAUGGGCACAUGUGCGUGUCUAAAGAGGAAAAGUAGCUCUCUUUCCGUCUUUUUCUCCACUAUUACACAGAGCUUUGGUUUCUUCCCACGGUUCUUAGAAAAGCCAGUGUUGGAGUGGAGAGGAUUAGAGUGGUAGAGGGGAGGUACGGCCCCUUUUUGCCUUCCCGUGCUAACCAUCAUCACUGUACUUACGGCUGUACAAAAAGCAGCACUGUGCUUCAUGAACCUCCAGCACUGGCCUAGGUAUGCACUUCAGUUGCAGACACAGAACCGUCUUGUACUGCACAGACAUGUCUAGAAAAGUGGUGCUGUCACUUUUACUGUAUGGACUCUUGCUCAGUAGCAUGGGAGAAGAGGAAGGACUGCAUCAAACACAAUUCCUGGACACAAUGUUUGUGCGAGGAUUAAAGAGGAAAUGUUUUGAUGGUGAAGAAGAUAUUGAAGGGACUCUGGCUGGUAUUAAGGCUAUUCCUUCCUAUAAUCUCCAGCGGCAGUCACUUUUAGAUAUGUCCUUGGUUAAACUUCAGCUGUGUCACAUGCUGGUGGAACCCAACCUUUGUCGUUCAGUUCUUAUAGCCAACACGGUACGGCAGAUCCAAGAGGAAAUGACUCAAGAUGGGACUUGGCAGAUGAUAAAUACACAGAGUACAGGGCAGGCAUCCCUGGAUCGUCUUGUUUCAACAGAUAUCCUCUGUCGUUCAUCUAGGGAUCAAGCUGAGGGAAAGCAUGUUCCAGCCUAUGGUACUUUCAAUAAAGACUUUGAGAGUGACCAGGCACAGGAUAGUUCAGAAACUAUGUCAACAGCCCCUUCAGUGCAAGCACCAAGAAACCUGCAGAGCAAUGUGUGGGAAAUGGAGAAUCCACAAGAAAAUAAAGGAAACUUUCAAAAAUCUUUAGAUCAAAUAUUUGAGACACUGGAGAAUAAAAGUCCUAAUUCUGUGGAAGAUCUGUUUUCAGAAGUUGACAAUUCUUAUUAUGAUCUUGAUACUAUGUUAACUGGCAUGAUGAGCAACACAAAAAUGGGACACUGUGAUAGUCUUGAAACAUUUUCUUCUCCAUCAAAUACAGCUUCUAACUCUAAUUGCAAAUCUGAUCUUAAUGACCUUGAUCAUAUUGUAGAAAUCCUUGUUGAAUCCUGAACCUCUUUGUGUAGGAGGUAAAGAUCUGUUAAUGGGAAGAAAAGAACUUGAGAAAGCAAUAUCCACAGUUUGUUCUAUCAAAUCUGCACGAGUAUUUUACAAAUAUCUAUAUAUUAUAUAGAUACAUGUAUUAAGAAGCACUUCAUAUUGCAAAAUAGUGUUAACUCCUAAAGUUAACCUGCAACUUGUAGUGUAAUAAUCUGAUUUAUCGUCCACUGAACUGUAAGUAAAUACGGUAAAUGUUUCUACAAUGGGGGUCCAAGGCUCUUGAAAUUGGGUUCCUUUUACCAAUUUGUUUUAGCCUUUGAUGGAGGAUAUCCUCAGGGAGAGGGAUUCCCUAUCUUCUUACACUUCUCCCAUAAAAAUGGUAAUAAACAGAGAGAGAGGUUGGAUAACUGGUUUCCUAUUUUCCUCCAGUUUCCACUUUGUUACACCACCAAACUCCUACCAUACCUGCUGCUUCUGUUUUAAGUCGCUACAUGGCUCUUAAAGAGCAGUAUGCAAUAGUUCUUGUUAUCCUUGCUAGCUUUUUCUGGGUUUUGCUACAAUUUUUACUUCAAAAAUAGUUUUAAAGUGUUUAUUGGUGUUUAGAUUUUUCCAGGUAUUUUCCUAAAAUAUAUUUUUUACUACAGAUGUUAUGUCAGCUGCUAACUUAGUAACUUUUGAUCAUAUCUGCAGUUGAUGUAUUUUUUGCAAGAUUUUCAAAAAGGGAUGGUUUUUUUACCAUGAGCUACCCAAUGUAGUUCAGUAAAGUGUAUGUAAAUGUAAAUAUACAAUUUUAUACUUUGCAUUAAAAUGUAAGAGCUGUUUUCAUGAUUCUGUUUUAUAGAGUAGUACUUUACUAAAUUGAGGAUUGUACAUUUACGCUUUUCAUACCCCACAUACUUGAGUAUCAUUAUAGGAAGAACUUCGAUCUAGUUAGACACAAUUACAUUUAAUUCAUUUCAGACUAUACUUUUUGUUAACUACAAACCUAAAUGAUGUAGGUUUUUAUUUAUGUGUAUUUAUAUGUAAAUGUCAUCAAGUGAAUUGUUUAUCAUUGAAGUCUACCAUCAAAUAUUUGUUUAUAUGGAAUAACUAUCUUGCACUAAUUACUACAAAAAGUGUUAUUAGCGGCCUUUAAGUCUCACUGGUUGGUGUGUCAUGAUGUCUUGUCAUAAUUAAUAUGCUCCACUCUUACCAAGGGUUUCCUCUUGGCUUUUUUAAUAACAAAAAAUGUAAUACAACAUGGGAUGGUGGUCUUUUUCUUCAGCACGUUUAGUUUGGAGUGUAUUUAACAAAGCUUCUUCCUAGGAAGCUUUUUCUGGGGGAAGGGAUAAUUUGAAGUAUAGCCUAUGAUUUUAUAAAAUAACAAAUGUUUACCAUCAGAAGCUGCUACUGGGGAAAAGCCCCAAGCUAGCAGGGAGCAAGGAAGGGAGAAAAUAUGGAUUGGUCUCUCGAAUGUGUUGGCCAUGGCUGUGCCAGGGGCAGACAUCUGUCAGUAAUGUGGUUGUUUUCUGUAGAUCUGAGCCAAGCAAGCUGAACACAAAGAGAACCUUGCUGUGUGUGACAGGCUCUGCUUUCCCAUGAGGGACCUUACCUACGAUGCAGAUUCUCAAACCUGGAAAGGGGAUUGAAGGUGGGGGUGCCAAAGGGAUGUUAAGAACAUUUGAGUAUCACUUCAAGAAUAAGGAGACCUCUGAGCGUAUGUGCUUUAGAAUCACCUGCUUUGAGGAAAGAUCAUAUCACUUAGCUAAACUGUGCAAACUCAACAGUUGAAUAUGUACUGGCUCCUUCUUCUGAAACCAUGCACUUGGGUGUAAGUCUUCAGUGAACUGGAAGAUGUUUCCUUGUAUUAAACUUUGCUUUCUCACUUAAACUUUGAUUAAUAACUUCAUGUUGAAGGACAAAAUAGCAUAUAGGCACUUGCAAGUUCAGUCAGUUCAGCUGGACCAAAGAGAAGCCCAUGCUACAUGUCUUAAUUGAGAGAUCACUCAUAGGUAUUGCAGUAAUAAAUGCUGAUUCAGGAGGAUCCAAAUAUAAAUAAAAACUGUCAUAUCUCACUGUGAAAUAAAACUGGCUUAUUUGGUAAUGUUUGUUGUAUCAGAAAUUCCUUCAAAAAUUAUAAAUCUGCAGGUAAUUUUUCUUGGUGCUUUCCUGUGUGUGAACCACUGAACUGGACAUCAGAUGCCUCAGGGUAAAACAGAGAGCCAGGGAACAUCAGUUUUAUAAUGGGAACAUCAGCAUUGAUUGGAAUAACUAAAUAUCUUCUGGUUCUCUGGGAAGCUUUCCCAAAACUGAUGUGAACUGUGUUGAAAACCCACAGGUUUGAGCAAUUGUGGAUGUUCUCCUCUGCCCCCACACCCUCUGUUUUCAUCAAAUGAGCAAUUUCAUGUUAAGAUAUUUUAAAAAUGGUCUUUCCCACCUCCUUAGUGUGCAUCAGUCUGCAUGUUCCAGAUAUAAAUCACUAUAACUUGUUCAUAACUGUUAAAUUUUGCAUGUCAAAUGCAUAUAUGUGUAUUUAUAACUCUAUUACAAAGCAUCUAGCUGAGUGCAUUCCUUUAUAAGGAAGCUGUGGCCAGUUAAGACAAUUUAUAGAGACUACUUGGCAUAAUAGGAAAGGUGGUAGGUUAGUAGGCAUUUGUGGAGUUAAGCAUUUAAACAGAAAUAAAUAUUCUAUUUUAUUACAUUCUCAAAACUUAUGCGAGAUCUUAUGUGCUCUUACAAGCCUGAUAUCUUGGCUUGUAUAAGAACUGGUAUUGCUGAAACCUGCACAGUCACCAUGCAGAACUGAUGGGUACCUACAACUGGUCUGACUUUGCAGAGACCAGUCUGUAAAAUCAGCUUGUUUCCCUAUUGCUUUAGUAAUGUGUCUCAGUCUAAUUCAGCUUCUCAUGCUGGGGAAAAAAAAAAAAUAGGAAUAAUAAAAAAGGCUUUAUUUUCUAUCUGCCAUUCUCAUUUCUUUAGUGAGCUGUUACUACAAAUGGUGAGAGAUGAUACUUGCCGGUGAGGAUCUUCUUA